CAUUCAUUACCAUGUUAUGGAACCCUUUAAAUCCUUACCCUAGCCUCCCUCUGAACCCCCAUUCUCUCUUUCAACUCAAAUUUACACACCCCUCCCCUCCUUCUGUCUCUCUCUCUCUCGAUUUCGUUCUCUCUCAUCAAAAGAUGCAGGAGUUUUCCAUGUUAUUUAGCCUCAUUGAAAUGCACUCUUUCUGCUUUCAACCCAUUCCAAUUGCUUGUCUAUCUCUCGUCAUCGUAUAUAUUGCCACCGUCCACCACCGGUCCAAGCGUCGCCGGACUACAUACCUAGUCGACUACGCUUGUUUCAAGCCACUCACUUGCCGAGUCCCUUCCUCAACCUUCAAGGAGCAUGCAACAAUUGCUUUCAGCUCAUGCCCGAAAGCCGCUCAGUUCCAAAUCAAAAUUCUGGAGCGCUCCGGCCUCGGCGAAGAGACUAGCUUCCCUCCGGCAUCAUUGUACAUCCCACCAACCCCUAGUAUGGAGGCAGCAAGAGAAGAAGCCGAGACCGCUAUAUUCUCAGCCAUGGAUUCACUCUUCAACAAGACCGGACUUGGGCCGAUAGACAUCCAUAUACUCAUUGUGAACUGCAGUGUCUUCUCUCCCAUACCGUCCUUAUCAGCCAUGAUCAUCAACAAGUACAAGCUCAGAAGCAACAUAAAGAGCUUCAACCUCUCUGGAAUGGGUUGUAGUGCAGGAAUGAUAUCCAUUAAUCUAGCUAAUGACCUUCUUAAAGUUCAUGCAGAUUCAAAUGCUGUUGUGGUGAGCACAGAGACCAUAACUCCAAUUAUGUACUUGGGAAUCCAAAGAUCAAUGCUUCUUCCUAACUGUCUGUUCCGAGUUGGUGGAGCUGCUAUUCUGUUGUCGAACCGGUGGUCCGACCGGAAUCGAGCAAAGUACCGGCUGGUUCGCGCGGUUCGAACACACAAAGGAGCUCAUGAAAAAGCUUAUCACUGUGUCCACCAAGAAGAGGACCCUCAAGGUCACGUAGGGAUGUCGUUGUCCGUCGAUCUCAUGACGAUCGCCGGCGAGGCCUUGAAGUCGAAUAUCACCACCAUUGGGCCUCUUGUCCUUCCUGCUUCUGAGCAGCUCUUGUUUCUUGCCACACUCGUAGGCAGGAAAAUGUUCAACAAUAAGUGGAAGCCUUAUGUUCCGAACUUCAAGAAGGCUUUCGAGCACUUCUGCAUCCAUGCCGGUGGUAGGGCGGUGAUCGACGAGCUGCAGAAGAGCCUUCGGCUCUCGGCUGAGGACGUGGAGGCGUCGAGGAUGACAUUGCACCGGUUUGGUAACACGUCAUCGUCGUCGCUGUGGUAUGAGUUGAGCUAUAUUGAGGCCAAGGGUAAAAUGAAGAAGGGUGAUAGGGUUUGGCAGAUAGGGUUUGGGAGUGGUUUUAAGUGUAAUAGUGCAGUUUGGAAGUGCAAUAGAACCAUCAAGACACCAACAGACGGGCCAUGGGAGGAUUGCAUUCAUAGGUACCCAGUUCAUAUUCCUGAAGUAGUCAAGUUCUAAGUCAAAACAUAUCGGUAUCGGAACUCGAAUGUCUAUCUCCUAAUCGUGUUUACGUAUAUUUAUGUCGUUUAUGUAACAAUAACGUUAUUUUAUAAAAUUGAUCAUGUAGCUUUAGCUUUAGUACUUUGCACUUCCGGGCCACAGGAAGGGAUCUAGAUUCAUUGGUUUUAUGUGCUUGUAAAAUUUGUUUUAAAUCAGUCUGGUACUUGCGCAUUAAUUUAUAAUUAUUAUUUUUCACCA